AUGUCGAACUUGUAUGGAGAUUUCAACCAGAAGAUCGACUACGUGUUCAAGAUCGUACUGAUUGGGGACUCCUCGGUGGGGAAAUCGCAGCUCCUGUCUCGGUUCUCGAGGAACGAGUUCAGUUUGGAUUCCAAGGCGACGAUUGGGGUUGAAUUCCAGACAAAGACGCUCGUCAUCGAUCAUAAGACGGUCAAGGCUCAGAUUUGGGACACUGCUGGACAAGAGAGACUUGAGGAAUGA